AUGGUUUUUUUAAGCAGAAAGGCAAAAGCGAAGUGCGUGGAAUAUUUCCCGCGUCCAGGAAAGCUUAGUGGACGCUCCGCCAUUUUUGCCUCUACUUCCCGUUGGGAUUAGGGUUUCUCCCUUCUCUUGCCACUGACCUUUUCUAGCUCUCCCUCCCUUCGAUCUCCUGUGACUGCUCCGCUCCAACUAUACUCCUCUUUUUUCUCUGCCCCAGUGGACGAAUAGAUGGAAAGCAAUCUAAGAAAGUCUCCUAAGCUGGGACAUCCUGCUGACAGUUCUGAUGCAAAAUAUAUUUCUGGACUCAGCACCAUUCUGGUGGCCACAAUACAGGAAGCCAAAGACAGGAUAUCUCAGAUAGAGUACAUAUUUUGCAGUCAACUUUUCCCAAAUUUUCAGAGCCUGCAGCAAAUAUAUUCUGAAGCAAAGGAAGCUGCAGAAGAUGCAUAUAAAGAAAAGGAAAAGGACCUGCAACUCCAGAUUAAGAGGCUUCAAGGUGAAAAGCAGCAGGUUCUGGAAGAGAACCAAUUGCUGAAGUUGGAGAACGCAAAAUUUAUUAGCAUGGAAACCCAGUCAUGCAACCGCGUCAAAGAACUUCAGCAAGAGUUGAAACAGAAAACUCUGGAAGUAAAUGAGGGGAGGAAAGUACAUGAAAAUCUGCAGAAGCUUCUUGAAUCAAAAUCCUCCCUCAUCCAUAGUUAUGAAAUGACAAUAAAAGAGCUUGAAGAAAAAAGUAUAAUGCUUCAGAAAAUUCCAAAGAAGCUGGAGGUUGAAACUGAGGAAUUGCGACAAGAGCUAAUGAAGAAAUCUAAGGAAGUUGAUGAGCUAAUGGAGUUGCAAAACAAGCUACUCCAACUAAAUCAAUCAAAGGCCUGUUUGAUAGUACAGAAAGAAAACCAAUUGAAGGAGUAUGAAGAGAAAACAAAAGGGCUAAUCUCCAAUCUUGAAAACAUGGAGAGUAAAGUUAAUGCUUUGCAAUCAGGACUUGGAGACAAGACUGAAGAAGUAGAUAAGGGGAAGGAAUUGCAGGCAAAUCUGCUAAAGAAGAUUGAAUUUCAAGCCUCAGAGAUAAUGUAUAACGAGCAACUACUGACUAAGUAUGAGACAGAGAAUAAGCUUCUUGCAGCAAAAGUAAAGAGUCGUGGAAGUGAUGUUGAGGCGCUCCAGAAAGAACUUGUGAAGAAAACGUGUGAACUGGAGGAGGUAAGAAAAGUUCAACAGCAGUUACUCCAACAAAGUAAUUCAUAUAAUUUCGAUAGAAUCAAGAGAGGGCAGGCAUUGGAAGAAUUUGAGGAGGAGAGGAAACAGCUUGUAGAUAAACAGAAAGGCCUAAAAGAGAAAGUUGAUAAGCUACAAAAAAGUCUCUCCGAGAGAACCCAAGAGUCUUCUGAAGGGAUGGAGUUGCACGGAAAGUUGUUGCAGCAGAUUGAGGUAAAAGAUUCUGAAUUACUGUCUGAAAAGAGGAAAAAAAGGGACGUGAUUGCUGCAUAUAAGAGGCUAAAAUCUCAAUACAACUAUCUCUUGAAGAAAUAUGCUCAAGAAACUGGGCUGCCUCUUGAUAAAAUGGAAGAUGAAAGUGAAAUAAUUAGAGCCAAUCAGACUCCAAUAACAUCAUGCGAUAUUGAAAAUAAUACUUUAAAAGCUUCUGGAGAAGCCAGUGGUGUAACAAAACCAGUGGAUGAGCAAGAAGCAUUAGAGGACAAGAAAGGUGGUGGAUUCAUUCAAAGAUCUGGUCCUGUCUCACCAUCUACUUCAAGUAUUGUUGUUCCUCCAAAAUGCCCAACUAGUUCAAAAUCUUGUCCCCCAGCCGGUGCAAAGCGACCUAUUUCUUAUUGGAGGGAUACUAGGGCCCAUCAGAGCCGUGUGGGACCUGAUCCCCAUGAUGAUUUCCUUGAUACUCCCCUGGAGAAUGUGAGAGAAAACCUAGGGAAGGUCAUGAAGGAAGAUCCAACUAAUUCUCCUAAACUGGUUCCUGUAAACAUGAGACUUGAUAAUUCUGAUGAUGAAACACAAGACAUGGAUGCUGAUGGUGGACCGGAGAAGCCGAACACAUCAACUAAGGCGGGAACAUUAGGUUUUAAGUAUGUUGAAUCAGUACGAAAGAAAUCUGAGAGGGAAAGUCUGAAGGGGGUUGAAUGCAAGCAAUGCAAAAAGUUCUAUGAUGUUGUUCUCCCUGGUGCAGGCAACAACUCUAAUAAUGAUAAGCAAAACAUACGCUGCGAGCAUCACAAUGGAGUGUCUAGGCAUCGAUAUAGGAAAACUACUAAUGACUGCCGGCACACACGCGAAGGAACUGAAGAAGCCUUCAACAUAAAAAUAGAGAAGGAUCAGCCAUUAUACAGUCAGACAGUACAUGCCCCCAUGCACACCUACCUGCCUGUAUCUAUCUAUCUAUACAUACUAUGUAUACACACACAUUCACAUGGAGAUGAUGCACAUAAAUAAAUAGAGAACUGUGUGAAGGAGUCAAUAACAAGUGAUUUGGACAGAGAGAUUCCUCAUUCCUGUUAGUAGUACAACUUUGAGACUGAAAUUGACAACAAGUCCUCGUGUCUCUGUUUGUUUUCAAUUAUUUGUUAAUCCUAUCUACUUUUUAAAUUAUUGUUAUGUAUAGAAAC